CCCAAUGAAAGAAAUUAACCAAUUAUUUUAAUGAAAUAAUUAAGAUAAACUGUGGAAAUGAAAAAAGGGGAUAAUCAAGUAUCUUCAAAACCAACUCCAUGCUCCAUGUCAUUUCUGCCAACUGGUGUGCUUACUUGGUGAUGCAUAUGCUCCAAGAUAAUGGCACAAAAUUAUUGCGUUGCAAGCGUUAACGACGGCAUCAUUUGAUUUGUGCUGGUAGAAAGAGAUCCCUCCGGCCAUUUGGUAUUUCACAAUGACGACAGGCGAUCUUGGAUCAAGAAGUUUAACUCUGAUUAUCUUGGAGGGCUCCUUUUUAGUGGUUCUAAACAUUUUGUCACUCCUUGGAAAUGUUCUGGUCUGUUUGUCGGUUUACAGAAAUCAAAGAUUGCGCACAUCUACCAAUCUCUACAUCAUAGCUUUGGCUGUGAGCGACUUACUCUCCGCUGUUUUGGUGAUGCCUCUCGGUGAAAUAGUAUUGUUUUCAGGAAAAUGGCCAUUUGGUAAAACCAUUUGCCAGCUUCACGCUUUCAUCAGCCUGUUUGUCAUCUACGUUUCCCCAGCAACCAUGAGUUUGACUGCUGUCAACAGGUACUUUCGGAUAUGCAGAUCAAGUAUAAGUUACCAGAAAAUAUUUUCUCACAGAAAAUCUCGCGUAUGGCUGGCAUUAGUGUGGUUCUUUGUGGCCUGUUACAUAGCAAUUCCGAGACUUGCAAACUGGCAAGGAUUUGAGUUUGUGCCUGGUUAUGCACAAUGCUCUAUUAAGCAUCUUGGGGAGCGAGCAAAAAUAGUUCAUUACUCAUUUGUUUUGACUGUUUUUCUUGCAAUACCUUUGUUGGCCACAACAUUUUGUUACACUAAAGUUCUUAAAACCAUACGUCAACAUAACAUGGCAUUUAACAUUAGGAUGAGCGCUCCUCAGAUCUCUGUUCACGAAAUUAAACUCAGCAAAUCGCUAUUUAUUGUUGUUUUUACUUUCAUGUCAUGUUGGCUUCCUCUUUGGGUUAUUGUUUUAUUGAAGCGCUUUUUUAUCACUACACACAUUCCGCGCAGUGUGGAACUUUUGUGCAUGUUUUUUCUCUACAUUUCAAACACUAUAAACCCUGUUAUAUACUCUGGCAUGAAUCCAGCAUUUAGAGGCGAGUUUCACCGGAUCAUAACAUGCAAGUCAAGUGGUCUAGUCAGCUCUCAACGUUUACAGAGGCGAAAUGAGAGAGACGGUCUAAAGCGGGAAGGACCUAGAGCCCAACCACUCGAUGAGGAGGAGGGUAUUCAACAGGAUUCGCCAGCAUAAAAGAAGAUUAUCGUCAAACGGAAACAAGACUUAUGAACACUAUCCACUAGGCGUGGGACAGCGUUAAAAAUCACUGACUUAAGCUGUGCAUAGUCCUGUUUCCUGACUCGGAACUAUUAGUUCACAUAUUACUAUAACUGCCCAAGUGGCAUUCCCGGUUGUCUUUUAAUUUCCUCCCAUGCAUAAAAAGGAUAAUAUGCACUACGUUGUUUAAAGUUUCCAGUACCCGAAU